GAGCGCGCAUGCGCAUGACGGCGGCGGGGACUAGCGAGCCGCGGCGAACUGUGAGGCAGUCAAAGACGGAGCGCUCGCCGCCGCUCGUGCUCUGGGCGUAGCAAGCGAGCGAGAGGUUAUGAGCCUGCAGGACUCCAGCGGCCACCCUCGCUCCGGCCGCGGCCAUGGCAGCCUCCAUAGAGCAGGAGUUCCAGGAGAUCGACACUGCUAACGACUGGCAGGCUCGCUACUUUGAAAUUCGGCAUAAAUCCAAUGACUAUCCUCAUAGAGUUGCAAAAUAUCCAGAAAACAGAAAUCGAAAUAGAUACAGAGAUGUCAGCCCAUAUGACCAUAGUCGUGUAAAACUGCAGAACACAGAGAAUGACUAUAUCAAUGCCAGUUUAGUAGUCAUAGAAGAAGCCCAAAGAAACUAUAUUUUAACACAGGGUCCACUUCCUAAUACUUGUUGUCAUUUUUGGCUAAUGGUAUGGCAACAAAAGACCAGAGCAGUUGUCAUGCUAAACAGAAUUGUUGAAAAAGAGUCAGUAAAAUGUGCCCAGUACUGGCCAACAGAAGAAGAGGAAGUCAUGAUGUUCGAGGAAACGGGAUUUUGUGUGAGGCUAGUAUCAGAGGACAUAAAAUCCUAUUAUACAGUACACCUACUACAAUUAAAAAACAUCAAUAGUGGUGAGUCCAGGAUGAUAUCUCAUUAUCACUAUACUACGUGGCCAGAUUUUGGAGUCCCUGAGUCCCCAGCUUCAUUCCUCAACUUCUUGUUUAAAGUCAGAGAAUCUGGUUCGCUGAGUCCGGAACAUGGACCUGCCGUAAUUCACUGUAGUGCAGGGAUAGGACGCUCUGGCACAUUUUCAUUAGUAGACACCUGUCUUGUCCUGAUGGAAAAAAAAGACCCUUCUUCUGUGGAUAUUAAGCAAGUAUUAUUGGAUAUGAGAAAGUAUCGCAUGGGACUUAUUCAGACGCCUGACCAGCUAAGAUUCUCAUAUAUGGCUGUAAUUGAAGGAGCAAAAUUUAUCAUGGGGGAUUCAACUAUACAGAAACGGUGGAAGGAACUUUCUAAGGAGGACCAAGCACCAAGUUCUGAGCAGUCUCCUCCACAACCAACCAGAAUAAAUACGGAGAAGUACAAUGGGAACAGUGUGGGCUUAGAAAAACAGGAGCAAAUGGGGGAGAAAACAAAUACUGAACUGUCCACUAAAGUACAAGAUACUAUGGAUGGAAACAUUGAAAGUACUGUUCGGAAACGGCUGCGAGAGGAUAGAAAAGCUCACACAGCCCAGAAGGUGCACCAGAUGAAACAGAAGCUAAGUGAGACUGAAAGAAAAAGAAAAAGGUGGUUAUAUUGGAAACCUAUUCUCACUAAGAUUGGGUUUGGUACAGUCAUUUUAGUUGGAGCUUAUUCUUGCUGGAAACUGUAUUUUCAAGAACAUUCCUUGUAAGUAAAAACUUAUUUGCACUGUGAGCCUGUCUACGGUAGCAGCUAAUCUUGCUGCAAGUCAAUCAUUAGGGAGUUUGACUUUCAGCAGCAAACUCCUUACACCUAAAAUCGGUGCAGUAGUUUAGACACAAACUAGAUAAGUGAUGUAAACUGAUCAGUCAGCAUCUCAGGACUUUCACAGCAGGUACUUCUGAAACCAAACGGCAAAUUGCUACCCAGAAUAAAGUUGUUCGUUUGUUAAAUAAACAGGUACAAACUUUGUGUAACUGUAUUUAUAUACUUUUAAAAAUGGUAUUCCACUGAAUCUAGAUAGAUAGACCCUGAGCCAUGAAAAUUUAACUAUCGCGGCUAUCUGGGUUUUAAUUUACAUGCCUGACAUAAGCAAUAAACAGUGUGGUAUCAUUUACAUUAUUAAUGCAAAGAAGUUAUCCUUAAAUGUGUGUAAUGUACUAUUGACAUAGGCAUCAACAUUUUAUAUUCUUAUGACCCAGGAUAAAUAUAUUUUAUAACUGCAUAUUUAAUCUUACUUUUUGUAGCUAACUGUACUUUUAAAAGCUUAGUUUGUACAAAUUUAUUUAACCAAAAAAAAAAAAAAAUUGAUUUUGGAAUUUAAUGUAAAGGCUAAUUUGUGCACAGUGCAUCCAUUCCCCACAUUUCAAGAUUUUGAGACUUUCGAUAUGAGCAGCUAGGGUUCUGAUGAAGCACUUUUCAGUUUCUACUCUGCAUGCUGCAUUCCUUUUAUUUAUUUAUUUUUUGUUUUUGCAGUUUCCUUAUUUAAAAAAGCUUUAAAAUGCUUGGUUUUU